GAUGCGGCUUGAUUAAGUUCUGUUGGAUACGAUUGUAAAAUGGAUCUGCCUGCCGCCCGAAACAUCACGACCAACGAAAUUAGGGAUAAUUUAAUAUUUGCUUUAACAGCUUAUAUACCAUUAGGCUUGGUGGUCAUUUGUGGAAACGCGUUUGUUCUUAUUGUAAUUCGCCGAACUCCAAGUUUACAAGAGCCACAGUUCACUUUACUUGCUAGCUUAGCAUUAGUUGAUCUACUCACGGGGAUUAUCGGCGUCCCCAUGUGUGUGUGGGGGCUUGUCACGCAGGGAUCUCUACACCUACCGAAUAUCAAUGACUGUCAGGUACAAUACAUUCCAUUUAAAACUUUUGCAAUGACGUCAUUUCUCCACCUUGUUUUUAUUACAACGGACCGAUACAUCUCAAUAGCUAAAUCGUUAAGAUAUGGACAGAUUGUUACUCCGAGCCGGGUUCAUCGUGCUAUAGCUAUCUCCUGGAUUAUAGGCUGUAUGUAUAGCAGUGUCCUAUUUCUAUGGAAAAACAAACGAAUUGAAGGAAUAUUUCUUUGCUACACGAUGAAUCCACAAGGCAUUGCAGUUCAAAGUUACUUGGCUUUAAUCCUGGUUCCUACAUGUGUAAUCUUAAUGAUUAUGAUGUACUUCCGUAUGUUCAUGGUGGCAAGGAAACACAUAAACACCAUAGGCCCAACAUCUCAGAAUACAGUCGGCACACAGACAACUGUUCAUAAGAAGUUUAAAGCGGCUAAAACAUGCGCACUGAUAGUAUCCGUAUUCGUCGUUGCAUAUUUACCUUCUUCUAUCAGAGGUGUUAUCUUCAUAUUUGUUCAACGUUCUGAUAUAUAUUGGUUUGAUUUGAUGUCGGGGGUGUUGGUAUGUAUGAGUUCGGCCGUCAACCCAUUCAUCUACGUGUUCCGUCAUAAGCAAUUCUCGUCUGCUUUACCGGUACGUCGUCUAUUGCGAAACAUCACUAAUGGGGACUAGAAUUUUAGAUAUUCCCAAUAUGGUAAUACUGACUUUAGGUGGUUUUAAAAACCUUAAGAAAACGAUAACAAAUGUUACAUCUUCGCUUCGUUAUUUAUUCCUACAUAAAUUCUUGUUUUGCACAUAGACAACUAAUACAGGUCCUGUAUUACACAUUAAUACUCCUGGAGUUUAAGCGGCGCAAAAACUCAAAGAGUUACUUCGUCUUUAUAAAAGCGAGUUAUUUUGACAGUUUUAGUAGUUCGCUGCAUUACGUCGUCAACCUUAGUACCAUGAUCAUAGAUAUAGUACUUUCUUCUUUAUUUUGCUCAUAUGCACCAAAAAGAACACACUACACCUUCUUUAGAGAGGAGUAGAGUUAUCCCGGUGUACUGGUCCAAAUAUCGCUGUUGAAGACACUAGGCGAGGUAGCUGGCACCAGUUUACCGGGUAUCUUGGGCACAAAGUAACCCUUGAAAAGGACGAAGUUUCGAGAGCCCUGCUCUCGCAUAUAAAUUGGCCGACCAGGAUAAUGUUUUACUAAGGAAUUUCCUACCAUGGAGGUAUUGCUUUCAGGGCCCAAAAUAGGAUUAUUUGAAACUGAAUUGUUGUACAAUUUAUUAAUUUUUUAUUAGAGUAAUCCAUCUAUCACCUGUCGGACACCUGUAUGUGGGUGUGGUGAAUGUUCAUGAGGGGCCAUCCCAUAAUAGAAAAAGUAUGACCUUACUAGACACUAUUCUUAUUAAGGUACCACUCAAGAAAACAUUAGGCCUAGUCAAUUCUAUCCAAUAACAUUUAUUCGGCAAUCUAAUAAGCCUAGUCACAAAGAGAUAGGUUUACAUAGGCCUACACCUAUAGUUUGGGCUCAGAGAAAAGUCGUAUUUAAAAUGAUGUGAACAAGAUAAUGUAUCGAGACAAUAAUAGAAAAUGAGUUCUUCAAAGUUUCUUGAAAAGAUAAUGUAUUGAGAGUAUGAUAGAAAAUGAGUUGUUCAAAGUUUUUUAUUGAAAGCCUUAUGAAAUGAGAUUCUUUCCACCAUGAAUAAAUGAAGCGCAAUGAAUAAUAAUUAUAUUUACACGAGUUGCCGGUAUUUUGAAUAUAAA